CAAACAGAUUAUCUUUGUCAGGGUCCAGAAACGGGAAAAGAAGGAAGAAGGAUGCCGCUAGAAAUGAGCUCAAAAAGCACAUUGAUGUUGUACUAUACUACCUGCGAGUCAAAGCACAAGAAUACUCCAUGAAGCUGACAUUCACGACAACGGAUUGUUAUUCCACAACACUGGUGAAACAACACCAUGAGCUGAUUGAGAGGAAUGAAAGCACCCUAGAAGAGUCUGUACACAACAAAAGUAUUGUGGGAGCAAUACUUGGGACAAAUGUGCCUUACGGGCUACCAUGGGCAGAGUGUGAGCAUGUGUACAUGCCGAUGAAUGUUGGGAAUCACUGGGUUCUACUUGUGCUUGAUGUGGAAGAAAAGCAUAUUAGGAUUUAUGACUCCAAUAGCCGCCUUGGAACACCAAGUAGACAAUUGAGUCAGUUCUUGUCCAGAUUGGAAAUUCAUUUAGGAAAACUAAAGGAUUGGUGCAGGGUGUACAAAGAGCGUGGUGAACAGCCAAUUGGAGAUGGAAAACUGGGAUGGGUUAGGUAUCCAGUCCGCAACAAAAUGAC